GAUCCACAUUUGCAAAUCUUUGACUACGUCUUUCUUAUAGUUUGCUAGGGUUGUCACAGUGGUUAGAAGGUUCAUGGAAGUUUGACCUGGCUUUGUGAAAGUCAAACUUUGUUAUUUUACUGCGGACAGGUAAGUUGAUACGUAUCCCAAGUCCAGAGUAGACGAGAAAGCAUUUAAAGACCCCUCAAUAGUCGCUAGCUAUAUAAAUCACCUUACCCCUCUUCACUACCUUCAUCCCUUUUAUCUCUCAUCACACUAUAACACUACUUGAAGCUUCCACAAUAUGGAAAGAGUUGGGCUUUACCUGUUAGUUCUUAUAGCCACACUCCCGUACACCACCGUGAACGGUGGUGCCGCCAGUCCCACCGCCAUGGACUUCAUCAGGGCCUCCUGCAAAACCACCCUCCACGCCUCUCUCUGUGUCACCUGUCUCUCAAGUUACGCCGGUUCAAUCAAGGGGAGCAACGCCGACCACCUCCUGGCCAAAGCCGCCAUUUCCGUCAGCCUAAGCAACGCCAAGUCAGCAAGCAUCUUCAUUUCCAAACUGGGUCGAGUCUCCGGCAUAAAACCCAGAGAGCACCAAGCCGUGAAAGACUGUAUUAGCACCAUGAGCAACAGUGUGUCGAGUCUAAGCCAGUCGGUUCAGGAGCUAGAGAAGAUGGCUCGAACCAAGGGUCAAGAUUUCGAGUGGCACAUGAGCAACGCUGAGACAUGGGUCGGGUCUGCUCUUACUAAUCAAAACAUAUGUUCCAGGGGAUUUACUGAUAGGUCUCUGAAUGGACCUGUAAAGGAUGCGGUCAUUAAGAGGAUGGUUUAUGUUUCACAGGUCACUAGUAAUGCACUUGCUUUAGUGAAUAGGUUUGCUGUAAGGCAUAGAAAGGGUAUACACAAGCCAUGAGAGUUUAUGAUGUGAUCAAAAUAUCAGAAAGACUGUUAGGACAACGUGUAAAAAAGACUACAUAGAGUCGUUAUAAAUUCCAAUGAUCUAAUAUAAUUACUCUUUUUCAUCCA